AUGAUAUCUGUCAAAAGAAACACUUGGAGAGCACUGAGUUUAGUGAUAGGUGACUGCCGGAAAAAAGGGAACUUUGAAAUUUGCCAAGAUCGCACUGAGAAGCAUUCCACAAUGCCAGACUCACCUGUGGAUGUGAAGACACAAUCCAGGCUGACGCCUCCAACCAUGCCACCUCCUCCCACUGCCCAAGGAGCUCCAAGAACCAGUUCAUUCACGCCCACAACGUUAACUAAUGGCACUAGCCAUUCACCAACAGCGUUAAACGGAGCUCCAUCUCCUCCUAAUGGCUUUAGCAAUGGGCCAUCCUCUUCCUCUUCCUCUUCUCUGGCUAACCAGCAGUUACCGCCAGCUUGUGGAGCUAGGCAACUCAGCAAACUGAAGAGAUUCCUUACAACCUUACAGCAGUUUGGCAAUGACAUUUCACCAGAGAUUGGGGAGAGAGUGCGUACCCUUGUGCUAGGACUUGUGAAUUCUACUUUGACAAUUGAAGAAUUUCAUUCCAAACUGCAAGAAGCUACUAACUUCCCACUGCGACCUUUUGUCAUCCCAUUUUUAAAGGCCAAUCUGCCCCUGCUGCAGCGGGAGCUGCUGCACUGUGCAAGGCUAGCCAAGCAGAACCCAGCCCAGUACCUCGCCCAGCACGAACAGCUGCUUCUGGAUGCCAGCACCACCUCACCUGUUGACUCCUCAGAGCUGCUUCUCGAUGUGAACGAAAACGGGAAGAGGCGAACUCCAGACAGAACCAAAGAAAAUGGCUUUGACAGAGAGCCUUUGCACUCAGAGCAUCCAAGCAAGCGGCCCUGCACUAUUAGCCCAGGCCAGCGGUACAGUCCAAAUAAUGGCUUAUCUUAUCAGCCCAAUGGUCUGCCUCAUCCCACCCCACCUCCUCCUCAGCAUUAUCGUUUGGAUGAUAUGGCCAUUGCCCACCACUACAGGGACUCAUACAGACACCCCAAUCACAGGGACCUCAGGGACAGAAACAGACCUAUGGGGUUGCAUGGCACACGUCAAGAAGAAAUGAUUGAUCACAGGCUAACAGACAGAGAAUGGGCAGAAGAGUGGAAACACCUUGACCACCUGUUAAACUGCAUAAUGGACAUGGUGGAAAAAACGAGGAGAUCUCUCACUGUCCUACGGCGAUGUCAAGAAGCAGACCGAGAGGAGCUCAAUUACUGGAUACGGCGGUACAGUGAUGCAGAGGAUUUAAAAAAAGGUGGUAACAGCAGCAGUAGUCAUUCCAGACAGCAGAGCCCAGUGAAUCCAGAUCCAGUUACAUUAGAAUCGCAUCGGGAAUUCCUUCACAGGCCUGCGUCUGGAUACGUGCCAGAGGAGAUCUGGAAGAAAGCUGAGGAAGCUGUCAAUGAAGUCAAGCGCCAGGCGAUGGCAGAGCUGCAGAAGGCAGUGUCAGAGGCGGAGCGCAAGGCCCACGACAUGAUCACUUCAGAGAGAGCCAAGAUGGAGCGCACGGUGGCUGAGGCCAAGCGCCAGGCGGCAGAGGACGCCCUGGCUGUUAUCAACCAGCAGGAGGACUCGAGCGAGAGUUGCUGGAACUGUGGCCGGAAAGCUAGUGAAACCUGCAGUGGUUGCAACACAGCACGAUACUGUGGCUCGUUUUGCCAGCAUAAGGACUGGGAGAAGCACCAUCACAUCUGUGGACAAACUCUCCAAGCCCAGCAGCAAGGAGAGACACCAGCAGUGAGCUCCUCCGUGACACCCAGCAGUGGGGCUGGCAGCCCCAUCGAUACUCCACCAGCAGCCACUCCUAGGUCCACCACCCCGGGAACCCCGUCCACCAUAGAGGCGACUCCUCGUUAAAACUGAACUCAAAACUCUGAAAACAAACAAAAAAAUACACAACAAAAAAUGAAACCAAUUCCUCAUCCUCAGAUGCUCAAAGAUUU